CCCUUUCUCGGCACGCCCACUUUCGUUUUUAGCCUCCCCUCUCCCCCUCCGACCUCUCCUCUCCUCGCCUCGGCUUCCUUUCCUUCCCUUUGGAUUGGAGCUGAUUCCUGGAAGGAAGGAUUCUUUGGUGAUUAAAGAUCGGUUCUUUUUGUUAUUUCUCGACGAUUUCACAAGGGAUUGGAGGGGGAUCGUUGCGGCAUAUUGAGCUGGAGCAUCUCUUGCGGCGAUGGAGAGUCGGGAGCAACAGCAACCUGUUUGUAACUCCCACAAUCAAAUGCAUGUGGAUGCAAAAACACCAAUUCCUCAGUCCAAGGAGAUCGACUCAUCUGGGGAGGAACAGGCUCCUAGGGUGAGAAAACCUUACACCAUAACCAAGCAGCGAGAGAAAUGGACAGAGGAAGAACACAGUAAGUUUCUCGAAGCUUUACAACUGUAUGGGCGUGCUUGGCGCCGUAUAGAAGAGCAUAUAGGUACCAAGACAGCAGUCCAGAUCAGGAGUCAUGCCCAAAAAUUCUUUUCUAAGGUUGUUCGCGAAUCUGGCAGUAAUGACAGCACAGUCACCUUGAAGGCUAUCGAGAUUCCUCCCCCUCGACCCAAGAGAAAACCGUUACGCCCGUAUCCCCGCAAAUCGGGCAACUCAUCGAGCAAGGAGACUCCUGCUGCUCUAAAACAACUUGAGAGGCCACCUUUGCAAACUCAUACAAUUUGUGAGGAAGAGAACAGAUCACCUACCUCCGUUUUGUCGGCUGUUGGGUCAGAAGCCCUGGGCUCCAUGUUCUCCAAUAGCCAAAACAUUUGCUCGUCUCCAGCUGCAUCUGCUGCUGGAUCAAAUGACCAAGACAAUGGAGGACAGUUGACUACCAUGACAGUUCAAGAAAAGCAUAAGCUUCCACGUUUUGGCCCAAGAUUAGACCAGUCUUCGAUGGUGAUAGAUCAGUGUUCUGAUAUGCACACAUCACCUGAAGCUCAGGUACCAGCUCUCAAGCUGUUUGGAAAGAUGGUAGUGUUGACUGAUCUAAACAAAUCAUCUGCUCCUAGCAACGGGAAUGCAGCAAAGGCCAAGCUAACCGUGGCUGUCGACACCAAAGAAUGGCAAGAGAACAAAGCUUUUGAUUUGAAUUCCAAGUUGGAAAUGUGUUUGCAAAGCGCGGCACAUGGAGUUCCACCUAGGGAUUCAACUAGAAGUGCAUGGAAUGCUUAUCCUGGUGUUAUACCCCCCAUGUUCUAUUGUUUUCCAUUAGUUGGAGAGGACUCUGUAGAACAUAUGUUCCUCCCUCCGCCAUGGUCUAUGUAUGGCGACUUGCCUUUCCCAUUUGUCUAUCCACAACUGCAGCAUCCUCAGCAAUCCCCGAUGGAAGCCGCAGGUGAACAAGAGAUGCAGGGGGAAGGUUCUUGGAGUGGUUCUAACACGGCAUCUACCAGUGGCUGGGGACUAAGUGACCAGAAUGUCGAUGGGGUGGACUCAAAGAAAGCAGCAAAAGCUGGGGGUGGAAGCUCUGCUAGAGGAUUUGUACCAUAUCGAAGGUGUGCCAUUGAAAGUGAAGCUCAGCAUUCAGCGACAGUAAGCGAUGAUGGUGAAGGCCAGGCGAUAAGAUUGUGUUUGUAGCAGGCACGGCUUAGUCGCCUGUACGAUACUAAAUUCAUUGGACUUUGUUUGCAGAGAUGGUUCUUUAACCUCAGGAGAAAUUUUUUAACUGUGAAUUAUGAGAACAGUUGAAGCAUUAUUUAGGUCUGCCAUCUCUGUUCCUUGUUGUAGCUCAGAUCAUCCUGUCAAAAGAGAUAAAAGAGUCUUUUAACUUUUGGAUGCAUGUAUUGAUGAGCCAUAGUUACAGUUCAAUUGCAGCAAUAUUUUCUUGCUGUUGUUAUUCAA